GGAUGUGUUGAUCAGAGUCAAUCAUCAGAAAUCCAUCAAGAGGAAUGAAAGAAUUCGACGAGGAAUGAACGUUUGAGUGCUUAUUGGAACCCUUCCGACUGGAAACUAUUUAGAAGAACUUCGAGUCAAUCCAUCGACAGUCAUCAUUGGGCUACAUCUUAGCUUAGGAAAUCAAGUUCACGAGUUAUCAAAGUUAAAAAGCUGGGAUGACUAUCGAACUGAAAGCUGAUCAAGGACAACUUCGAUCAAGAGAUAAUGAACCACCUUCAACAAACCAACUAGCAGAUGCAUGUUCUGAUGCAACUGAAUCUCUUUUAUCCCAAAUUCGACAAACAAACAAUUCUACUUUACCAUCACUUCCGAUUCUCAUACUAAUGAGUGAUGAUCCUGAUGGAAUCGAAUUACUUCAAUCAGUCGAACGUUCAAAACAAUGGAAAAUAAUGAACAUUGUCAUCACUUUUAGAUAAAUCAUCAGAUUUAUCCAAUUUUCAAGACUUACAUCAAUCAAGUUUUUCUACAAACCUCAAAAGAUAUUCAUCAAAAUCUUUUCAUAGAGCUGGAUUUCAUGAAUCUGUUUUUAAUCAUUUUACCAUUAUCUAUUAAACGGAUUACUCAAACUCGAAAGUUUCUUAUUGAAUUAACUUUGCUUGGUCGGUUAUCGGAUGGUAUUAUCUUUACUGGUAGUUCAAAUGUUAGUAAACUAUUUGGAUUGCUUGGAAACGAAAAGAGAUUGAUGGAAAGAACGAUAAGAUCACUUUGAUGUUCGAUGGCACCCUACCGCUCUGUACACCCGAUGAUGAGGUUUACCCCAACUGCAUCACAGGAUUUCAGGCAACAUACAAUGUCCAACAUCUCAAUCACUCUCAAGUAUUAAGGCUUCUAUUCAUACAAGAAUCACGGUGACCAACGCAGCUAUUCAUAUUUCAGAGGAGCUGAGAUCUCAAUACCAUGGUAUAUAGAUUUACUGGUGAUACCACCCCUAGAUUGCUCUUGUAACAUAUCGUUUUCUUCAUAUACUGUCUACAUCAUGGAACCAAAUCAUGUGCAGAUAAUACAACUCAUCAAUCAAUCAUUUAUGAUCAUAUAUGUGAAGUUUUUCUCUGGAUUUAUCUUUUCAAUUCUGUAAGAAAAAAAAUCUUUUCAACUUGUUUUUUGGUGUCAUUCUCUCAUCUCAUUUUAUCAUUGUAAUCUAAUUGUGAUCAUCAUGUGUC